CUCGACGUCAUUGGAAAUUAAAAGAUGGAGUUCUUUGUGAUAAUGAAUGUUGCAAAAUAUGGAUAAGACACGUGUCGUUAAAUAAUUGGCAGAAGAUUUCCACUUGUGAUAUGUGUUGUAAUUAUUUUCAGUUCAGCUGGUUUUGGGUGUCAUUAUUAAUUGUUAUAUAGAUAUAUAUUCUUGAAUAGGAUAUAUUGACAGAAUGAGUGACAUAACUGAAUGGUUUAAGGGAUUGCCCCUUUUUACGCGAUGGUGGCUUGCGCUCACGGCAGGAUUUUCAUUGCUUGGUCGAUUUGGAAUAUUCAAACCUUAUCAGUUGGUGCUACUCUACGAACCUUUUAUAAAGCAGUUUCAGAUCUGGAGACCAGCAACUGCCGUUUUCUAUUAUCCACUGACACCAUCAACUGGAUUUCAUUUCUUGAUAAAUUGCUACUUUUUAUACAACUACUCAUUGAGGCUUGAAACUGGAACGUUUGAUGGCCGACCUGGUGAUUAUUUCUUCAUGUUGCUCUUCAACUGGGCAUGUUGUGUUAUUGUUGGUUUAAUUGCUGACAUACCACUUCUUAUGGAUCCAAUGGUACUAAGUGUCCUAUAUAUAUGGUGUCAACUAAAUAAGGAUGUCAUUGUCAACUUCUGGUUUGGUUCCCAGUUCAAAGCAAUGUAUCUUCCAUGGGUCUUGUUUGCAUUCAACCUUAUAAUUUCUGGAGGGGGAAUCUUGGAGUUGGUGGGAAUAUUGGUUGGACAUGUAUACUUCUUCCUGAUGUUCAAAUACCCUCUGGAAUUUGGUGGGCCAACUUUACUGAGCACACCAUCUGUAAUAUACAGUUUUUUUCCCAACCAGAGAGGUGGUAUCCAUGGUUUUGGACAGCCACCUGCUCCAAGGCGUCCAGCCAAUGAUGGAGGAGGAGCUCGGGGUGGUGGGAGGCAUAACUGGGGACGUGGCCGUGUCCUUGGGGACAAUUGAACAGUGACUAAAAGUCAAAAUUUGUUGUCAAAUAAGCUUAGUUCUGAUUUUCUGUGAUGACUGUCAACAAAAGUGUGUUUUUAAUUAAGUUAAAUAAUGAGGGAACAUGUUUUCUCAUAAAUGUUACAUGUCUUUGUGGUGAAGUACAUUCUUAGAGGCUUGGAGAACUUUUGUAAGACUUCAGAUACUGUUUAAACUGGCAUUUGGGCAGAUGUAAUUGAAUUUAAUUACAAGGUUGGGACAGGA